AUGAAAGCUCUGAGACGAAGUCAUACUUCGUCGGCGUCUUCAGAUACUCCUUCUCCGUCGUCGUCUGGUUCUGGAUCAUCGUCCUCCACCACCUCGUCUUCCUCCUCCUCCUGGAUUCACUUGCGUUCGGUCCUAUUCGUUGUUAAUUCCUCCUCACAAGCUCAUCACUCCCAUUUCGAUCGGGGGCGUCUCAAAUCACCAUGGUCCCGUAGGAAAAGAAAACAUGUCCUUACUCCUCAACAAUGGAGUAAUUUAUUUGCACCAGAUGGGAAACUACGUGAUGGUGGAGCCAAGUUUUUGAAGAAAGUUCGAAGUGGAGGUGUUGAGCCAAGUAUCAGACCAGAGGUUUGGCCAUUUCUGCUGGGAGUCUAUGACUUGAGCAGUACUAAAGAGGAAAGGGAGCUCCUAAGAACCCAGAAAAGGAAAGAGUAUGAGAAACUUAGGAGACAGUGCCGUAGACUCCUUAGGCGAAGUACCGAGAACUUAAAAUUGGGUGAAAAUGAUGAAACAGUCGACAACGGAGAAGAUGGUGGAAGUUCUGCUCUUGAUACUGACUCUUCGAGUCAUGAGGACGUUGUCAGUGCCCGGGAGUCUCUUUCUAGUGAAGGAAAGAGUCCAGAUGUUGAAUAUUUAGAUGAUCCAUGUACCACACUUUCUGAAGGUGCUGAUGCCUCUGCACAAAAUACAGAGUCGUCUGAUGACUCUGAAUUAUCUGAAGAUUCUGAAGUCAUUCAGGCAUCUGCUCCAGAAAACAUAGAAGAGAACGAUGAUGCGAAUGUUUCCUCCAAAGAAGAUACUUCUCCAUCACUUCCAACUCGGCGUGCUGUUGAAGAUUUCACCACCUGGCAACGAAUAAUUCGUGUUGAUGCAGUGCGUGCCAACUCAGAGUGGGUCCCUUACUCUCCUUCUCAGGCUUCCAUAUCUGAAGUCAGAGCCCAGCGCUCAGCUGAGGCAGUCGGAUUAAAAGAACACGAUCACCUUGAGCCAUGCAGAGUUUUCCAUGCAGCAAGACUAGUUGCCAUAUUAGAGGCCUAUGCACUCUACGACCCUGAAAUUGGUUACUGCCAAGGAAUGAGCGAUCUACUUAGCCCAAUCAUUGCAGUGAUGCAAGAAGAUCACGAAGCCUUUUGGUGUUUUGUCGGGUUUAUGAAGAAGGCUCGACAUAACUUUAGGCUAGAUGAGGUAGGCAUCCGAAGGCAGCUGAGCAUUGUUUCCAAGAUCAUCAAAUUCAAGGACUCGCACCUCUACAGGCAUCUGGAGAAGCUUCAGGCUGAGGAUUGUUUCUUUGUUUAUAGGAUGGUUGUGGUGUUAUUUAGGAGGGAGUUGAGUUUUGAGCAGACCCUUUGUCUGUGGGAGGUGAUGUGGGCAGAUCAGGCGGCUAUCAGAGCUGGGAUCGGGAAUUCAGCAGGGAGCAGAAUUAGGCAGAGAGUGCCCCCGACGGAUGAUCUGUUGCUCUAUGCUAUCGCAGCUUCUGUGCUGCAGAAGAGGAAGUUGAUAAUCGAGAAGUACAGCAGUAUGGAUGAGAUUCUGAGGGAGUGCAAUAGCAUGUCGGGUCAACUUGAUGUGUGGAAGCUUUUGGAUGAUGCACAUAACUUGGUGGUCAACUUGCAUGAGAAGAUCGAGUCGUGA